UUGAGUGUGUUGCCGGCGCUGCAGCUGGCGAAGCGCUGGUGCACAACCCGCGCGUGCGGCAGGGCCGCGACCGUGCCACGCCCAAGCACCACGAGCCCGAGGACACCCUGCGCCUCACGCACGAGCAGGACAGUUGAGUGUGUUGGUAGCGCUGCAGCUGGCGGAGGCACUGGAGCGCAGCCCGCGCGUGCGGCAGGGCCGCGACCGCGCCACGCCCAAGCAACACGAGCCCGAGGACACCCUGCGCCUCACGCACGAGCGGGUCAGUUGAGUGUGUUGGAGGCGCUGCAGCUGGCGAAAGCGCUGGCGCGCAGUCCGCGGGUGCGGCAGGGCCGCGACCGCGCCACGCCAAGCACCACGAGCCCGAGGACACCCUGCGCCUCACGCACGAGCAGGUCAGUUGAGUGUGUUGGAGGCGCUGCAGCUGGCGGAAGCGCUGGCGCGCAGUCCGCGGGUGCGGCAGGGCCGCGACCGCGCCACGCCCAAGCACCACGAGCCCGAGGACACCCUGCGCCUCACGCACGAGCGGGUCAGUUGAGUGUGUUGGAGGCGCUGCAGCUGGCGGAAGCGCUGGCGCGCAGUCCGCGGGUGCGGCAGGGCCGCGACCGCGCCACGCCCAAGCACCACGAGCCCGCGGACAUCCUGCGCCUCACGCACGAGCAGGUCAGUUGA